CAACCACUUCCUUAUCCUAUCUUCUUCCUUCUCCGCAUCAGAAGAAGAAAGAAAAAUGGCUUCCACACUCUCCACUCUCACCUCCCUCCGUUCCCCACUGCACCUUUCUUAUUCCCAUUCCUCUUUUUCCACUCAGUCCUCCAUUUCCACAACUCUCCAAUUUCCUUUUAACCCUUCCUCCACUGCUACCUCCCACCGCGCCACCCUCCUCCGUCCCAUUGCCGCCGUGUCAGCCCCUGAGAAAAUUGAAAAGCUCGGCGCCGACAUCUCCAAUCUCACUCUCGAAGAAGCCCGCAUUCUGGUCGACUUUCUUCAAGAUAAGCUUGGGGUCUCCGCUGCCGCAUUCGCCCCCGCCGUCGUCGUCGCAGCACCCGGCGCCGCAGCCGGGGACGCGGCCGCGGAGGCGGUGGAGGAGAAGACGGAAUUCGAUGUGGUCAUUGAGGACGUGCCAAGCAAUGCUAGAAUUGCAGUGAUUAAGGCAGUGAGGGCAUUGACAAGCUUGGCUUUGAAGGAAGCCAAAGAACUCAUCGAAGGUUUGCCCAAGAAGUUCAAGGAAGGGAUUUCGAAAGAAGAGGCUGAGGAUGCCAAGAAACAGCUUGAAGAAGCUGGAGCUAAAAUCGCCAUUGUUUAAUGCUGCUGGGGGAAAAAGUGUUUGUUUUAGAUUAACUCACUCAGUCUUUGCUGAAUUUCCCCUUUUUUUCUUCUUGAUGUGAACUGUGAACUCGUCGUUCUGACAUAUUUCCACUUAGAAUCAUAUUGCUUGCUUUAUGUUGCUGCUGUUCGCCAAA